AUGAUCGACGACCCAGUUGUUAACAGGGAACAUGUUCUGAAAACGCAUGAUGUCACGGCCUGAAAGGAUUCCCAAGAAAACACACCGACAUCGUGGGUCGGGGUUAUUUGCAAGAAAAGACUUUGCGGAAGCGCGACAUUUCCUUCUUUGCGAAACGCCAGCGCCCUCGCUCGCGUCAUUGUAAAUCGCGUACGUCGUUACGUAAAAAUGAUAAUAGGCCUCGUAAUAAUCGUAAUAAAUGCGAUGCACGUCCGGAUUGUUUAUAGAUGCGGCCUGGUACACGUCGAGCCCGAUCUGUUCCGCAUGCUGCCCAGACUGGAAGUUCUGGGCCUGCGCGAUAACGAUCUCAAUUGCUUGCCGAUCGACGAACUGCUCUACCUAAGGUCGCUCAAGACCGUGCGAGUCGACGGGAAUCCCUGGCUCUGCGAGUGCCGGCGGAAACUCGAUCAAUACCUCCGAUCCCGUUCCAUCGUCCAGGAAGUCGAAUGUCUGCGGCAAAUCAACGUCUGCAAGAAGUAUCAAUGCAUGACUCCCAUUGGCUUUCCCGUUCUCCCCUCUACUCUCACUACUCAACGAUUGCACGACUUUGACAGGGAACGCACGCUCAUUCGCGGAAACGAAUUUCAAACGAACGUGUUCACCUCGCUGGACAGACUUCCAGACAAAACUUCCUGGAUCGAGGUGUCCGGCUUGAGGAUAGACACGUUGCCGAGGUACGCGUUCUUCAGGUUUGGCAACAGUCUAAGGACACUGGAACUGAUCGACUGUGGAAUCACCACGAUCGAGAACGGGGCGUUCGCUGGGCUGCACAAGCUGGAGCGGCUUUCAUUGGUCGGCAAUCGGUUACCAGUCGUCGGUGCCAAUUGGUUUCGAGAUCUCGUCAGCCUUCAGCAAUUGAUCUUGGAGCGGAAUGGCAUGGAGCAGAUCGAGAGGGCAGCGUUGUGGCACGUCGGUGACUCCCUGCGACACCUCGACAUCCAGUACAAUCUGUUCCGGUGCAUACCCGUCGAGGAACUGGCCGACCUGAAAAAAUUGGAAAGGUUAGACGCGAUGGGGAACCCGUGGUUUUGCACCUGCAGGGCGAACCUUCAAAACUUUCUCACCCAGAGGAACGUUGGAUUCGAAAUUAACGCCGGCCGAUGUUACGCGAACGAGAACGAGAUUUCAAAUGGCAGCACCGAUUGGCGCCAGCAACAGACCAUCGUCCAAAAUACUUCGUUCACGACUGGAAGAGUGCAUUGGACUUCUUUUGAAGACAGCCUUAAGCAAACGAACGUCUCCAUAGUCGGACCACCGCCACCGCCUCCACCACCGGAAAUUCAUGUCGUCUCAUCGCCAUCUCCUGUUUACAUGGGUACUUGUUAUCGCGAGAAACCCGAUGGAAACUCGAUCUACGUUUGUCGAGCCAUCACGUCGAUCGAGGAAUUAGGCUUGGUACCUUCGACGGCGCGCGAGAUUCGAAUUAUCUUGUCGAACAUCAAGAGGAUUCCAGAAAACACUUUCGCGCGUUUCGACGGUUACCUAUCGAGGUUGGAGUUCCGAGACUGCGGCAUCGAAAGAAUUGAACCGCGCGCUUUUUCAAAUCUUCGUAACUUGGAGUACCUGUCGCUCCGUAGCAAUCAACUGGAGUCCAUUAAUUCGGAGAUGGUCUACGGUCUUCAUAACCUACGGCACUUAGACCUGUCUCAUAACAACAUACACAGAAUUACAAACGACGUGUUCGAUCACCUACCGUACCUUACUAAUCUAGACGUGUCCGACAAUGCCAUGAACUGCAUCGGUAUAGAGUACAUAGCCCGUCGACUGCAUUACCUGUCGUUUCUGGACGUUUCUAACAAUCCGUGGAGCUGCCUCUGUGGAUCAAAACUGGCAGAAUUCCUGGACUCGCGACGCAUGAAAUACGACAAAGGUUCGCUCCUCCUGAAGGAAGAUUGUUACGCCACCGCGGAAAGCCCGAAAGAGGUCACUACUAGCCCACCAGUUCCGGUGACAACUAGCGCCACGCUGAGGAACGAGACCGUAGAAGGGACCUGCACUAUCGACGAAAAUACAGCAGAACACCGUUAUCGAUGCACAGGUGGUAAUCUGUUGUUGCUGCAGUCGAUACCGUCGCAAGUGACAGCCAUCGAAUUCAACGAAGGCCACCUGCCGAGGCUACCCUCAGGCUCUCUAGUGAAAUUCGCAAAUCUGCGAGAACUCGUAAUAAGAAAUUCUGGAUUGACUACUAUAGAAGACGGUGCGUUCAACAAUUUGAAGAAACUGGAGAAUCUGACGAUACAGGACAAUCCUCUGGAAAUGAUCGGAUCCUCCUGGUUCGUUUUGCCGAACUUGGACCGAUUGGAUCUGCGCGGCAACUCGAUCAAAUACAUCGAGUCCGGAUCGUUUCGAUAUUUGAAUCGACUCACUUACUUAAAUCUCGAGGGCAACGAUCUGAGGUGCAUAUUCACAAGCGACUUGAACGAGAUGUCCAACGUGUACAUCGUCGAAUUCUCCGGGAACCCUUUGAAGUGGAGAUGCAGAGUCGAGCUGGAGCAAUUUCUGGAGGCUCGAAAAAUUCGGUUCAUAAAGAUCGAGAACUCCUGCGAGGGUAAAAAGUUAGUGAGGAAUCUCCUGUUGCAGAAUAAAACGGAUGGUUCGUUCGAUUGUCCCUCGGAAUGUUCGGUUGCCUCCAUCGGGCAAAAUUUCUUCGUUCUGUUCAUACUAUCGUCGCUGAUAACAUUAGUCCACUAA